AUGAACGUUUUCCGACCACUGGCCAGACUGGCCGCCCGCCCAUCCUCCAUCCUCCCAUCACCACUCAUCCGCGCCAUCUCCUCAACACCACCACCCGCCGCAGCCGCACCAUCAACCAGACGAGGCAGCGCCCUCGAACUCGGCGACUGGAUCAGCCGCCUAGGCAGCAACGGCUCCAGCGGCCCUCCAGGCGUCAACAUCGAAGUCGGUCCUCCUCAACCGCAUCGCAUGCACAUCUACGCAACAAAGCACAACACCCACAUCACCCUCACCCAACCCCCGAGAAAGGACCCCGCAAACCCUGGCAAGCAAAUCGAUGUCUUGAUGUCGCUUUCUGCCGGCAACAUUGGUUUCAAGAAGGCUGGUCGUGGCAGUUAUGAUGCUGGUUACCAACUCGCUGCUUUCGUGCUCAAGCAAAUCCAAGAACGUGGUCUCAUGCGCGACCUGCACAGUCUGGAGGUCGUGCUGCGUGGCUUCGGAAAGGGAAGAGAGGCUGUCACAAAGGCUUUGUUGGGUUCAGAGGGCUACUUGGUCAGGAAUAAGAUCAGCUCGGUCAAGGAUGCUACCAGACUCAAGUUUGGUGGUUCUAGAAGUCCCAAGCCCAGAAGAUUGGGUUGA